CUGCUUAUGUCACGAGUUUCCUCGGGUUCUCUCCUUCCUUCUCUCUCUCUCUCUCUCUCUCCAUCUAUCUCAUCUCACUGGUAUUUACAGAGAGACAUUGAACAUAUGCUCUUCCUCAUUUAAAGCUCUCUCUCUCUCUCUAUAUCUCUCUCUGUCUCUCUCAUCUGAUCUUUCAAAAUUCCAUCUUUUAUAAGCCUCCUUUCAUCUCCUUCUUUGGCCUCUCUCGAUUCUCUCCUUCCAUCCCCCCAACGAGAAAAGGUUGGUUAACCACCUUUAUUCUCCUCCUCAACGUUUUAUUCUCCUCCUCAAAAGUCUUUCUUCCUUUGCUACUCUCUCUCAGUUGCGUAUUUAUGAUCAUGGGUUUCCAAGAGAAGCGCCACCAGGUGGAUAAAGGGCUCGAGAUGGAGGGCAAGGCGACGUGGGUCAUCGCCGGGAUCUCGCUCCGGUCCCCGCUGAAGCCGAUAUACACCAGCUCGCCGCAGAGCCGCGGCGAUUGGGAGGACCAGGACCGCGAGGAGGAGGAGGAGGGAUUCUCCACGACCCCGACGGGCGAAGAAGCGAGGAUCCCGGCUAAAUUCACGUGCCCGCCGGCCCCGAGGAAGCGGAAGCCGGCCUCGAAGUACCGCUACAACGGGGUGAGGGAGUUCUUCAAUCCCCCGGAUUUGGACAGCGUGUUCAUGCGCAAAGCCGAGAGGGCUAACUGAUGAUUUACGGGAGAUUUGUGUAGUGGUUACAAGGUUGUGUUACGGACUCCAGAUUCUGCUUAUUUUAUUUCCCUUUUCCUCUAACUAUUAUUUCUCUCUCUCUCUCUCUCUCUCUCUUGGAGGGUCCUCUUGUAUGCUCUUCUCUGUUUAGUAGGUAGUCUCAGACUCUCGGUGAUGUGUACAGAACAUUUUUCUUUCAAUAAAAUUCGCGAUGAGGC